AUGUCGGAGACCGCUCCCGCCGAGACCGCCGCGCCGGCCCCCGUGGAGAAGUCCCCAGCUAAAAAGAAGACCGCCAAGAAGGCGGCGGGCGGGGGUGCGGCCAAGCGCAAGGCCACCGGCCCGUCGGUGUCGGAACUCAUCACCAAGGCCGUUGCUGCCUCCAAGGAACGCAAUGGGCUGUCGCUGGCUGCGCUCAAGAAGGCGCUCGCGGCCGGCGGCUACGACGUAGAGAAGAAUAACAGCCGCAUCAAGCUGGGGCUGAAGAGCCUGGUAAGCAAGGGCACGCUGGUGCAGACCAAGGGCACUGGCGCCUCGGGCUCCUUCAAACUAAAUAAGAAGGCGGCUUCUGGAGAGCCAAAUCCUAAGAAGGCGGGCUCGGCCAAGCCAAAAAAGUCCGCGGGAACCGCCCCCAAGAAGCCCAAGAAGGCUGCGGCCGCCAGAAAGUCGGUGAAGAAGACUCCGAAGAAAGCUAAGAAACCAGCAGCUGGAGUAAAAAAGGUAGCCAAGAGCCCAAAGAAGGCUAAGCCUGCCGCCAAGCCAAAAAAAGCGUCCAAAAGUCCCGCAAAGCCUAAGGCUGUGAAGCCCAAGGCCGCCAAACCCAAAGCUGCCAACUCCAAGGCUGCGAAGCCGAAGGCUACAAAGGCCAAGAAGGCAGCGCCCAAGAAGAAGUAG